UUUUAAAUCUUUUAAAAAUUUUUCUUUUUUUUAAUAAAAUAUUAAAGAUAAGCAUAGUUUUGAACAAUAUUCGAAUGUUUAAUUAAUAAAUACUAAAUAUUGGGAUUUUAAAACAAACAAUCUUUACACAUUUUCUAUAUAUAUAUAACAGAUAUUUAUAUUCUUUCAAUCAAUUGAAAUCGAUUAUGUUGUGGCUGAGGAAUAACAUUAAAAUGUUUCUUAUAUAUAAUUUGGUUUUCACGACCAGAAUAACAUCGUCUAAUCCAGGCAUGUUUCCAAUUAGGAUUAAUUUUCUCACAAGUUAUCAUUACUUUGCCUGAUUCUAUGGCAAAUAAAGUUCCAUUUUUCCCAAAACCGACCUAUUUUAUAAUCAAAAGUAUUAAUAAAUGUGCAGAGUUUACAAUAAUCAGAAGAUGUAAUUAAUACUUACAUUAAGACCUGCAUGAAAUCUAGUAUGUAACUGUGUGGCUAAUAUUUUGCCUGCUUGUACAUAAUGUCCAUCCUGUACUUUCCAUCCUCUGUGUUUCGGUCUAGGAUGACAAGGUUUAUUAUUGGUACUACUGCUAGCUUUUUUCGAAGCAUACCUGACACAUAUGUUUGCUAAAUAAAAAAGAAAUAAUUGUUAAGUAUUCAUGUAAUACACAAAAUAUAUAUUAUAUAUUACAUUUAUCAUUAUUUCAAUUACAUUAAUAAAGUAAUUUGUGCAGUAUUUUAAUACAAACCUAAAUUAUUAAUAUUGCCUAAUAUUGCAGUUUGUCGGAUGUUUUGUAAUGUGAGAGAGAACAAUUGUGAUAAAUGAGCCAUCUGAAACAGAACCGCAUUUUUUUACAAUUAUACGUCUAAAUUGAAAAAUACAUAUCUUCUUAAAAAUUUAUAUUACAUCAAAAGAAAGAUUGCUCCGAAUCAAUCACGAUGUGAGAAAUAAUUACAGGGAGAUUAAAAAUUUGACUCCAAUGUGCUUCUAACCUGACAAGCAAAACAUUAGGAAACGCUAUACGUCAUGUAUCAUAUAUAAACAAGAGAGGAACAUUCGUGUUUCAUCCGGAAGAGUAAUCGCAAAAUGGCGCAGCGAAUCAGAUGAAAUGUUUUCAUAGGGGAAACGUCCUCUCAGCUGUUACUUGGCGGAGUGAAAAAACGAGUGUUUUUAAAGCCGAAAUACAAAUCGGAAGAAGAAGAAGAAGGAUAUACAGCUGUUGGUUGACGGAACGUCCAGUUUCAUGGAAUUCAGAUUUUUCGAUUAAAUAAAAUAUUGUACACAAUAGAAGAGAUAUAUAAGGAAGAAAAGUUCACAGCUUAAUUGUCAAUAAAAAUGACGACGAGUAUGGAGGAUCUACAAAAAUUGGAAGAAGAGGCGAUAGCUAGGGGUACCAAGUAUGUGACGAAUCUUGUGCAGCGACCAGGUCAACUGGAAAAGAUCGACAUGUAUAAGCGUAGAAUCAGCAGGAAGAAGGCAUCCGUCGAGACGAUGCUGAAGGCCGCGAUGCAGAGUCAAUUAGACGGAGUCAGAGUCGGCUUCGAGCAGCUACAAAGUUCUUUGGAGAGUAUCACUGCUGUCAAGGAGGAGCUGGAUCAGGUUAAUCAGCUGUUCAGUUCUGUCCUGAAGCUAAGUUCCAGGCUGCAAGCGGUGCAGGAAGAGAAUAUGCGUCAUUCUCAAUAUGUCAUCGCAAAGGAGAACCUGAAGCAUAUAUUUACCGUCCCCGAGAGCGUCGAGAAGACGAAGCAGUGGAUAAACGAGGGUAAAUUGCUGCAUGCACAUCAGAGCCUAAUGGAUCUUGAAACUUCCAGAGACGAAUUAUUAUACGAACUUCAUAAAUUGCCAAAUCAAUCGCCAGCAGAUACAAUUAUGCUAAAAGCUUAUUUCGAAGAUGUGGAAAUGCUUUCUCAACUUAUGGAAAAACAAAUCAGGCUGGUAUUGAGUCGUACGUUAAACACAGUCAGAAAAGAACCUACUGUCAUAGUAACACCUUUGAGAAUUAUAGAAAGAGAAGAGAAAGCGGAUCAAUUUGCUAUUCAAAGACACAAGCAAAGUGGUUUUAUGGCACCAGGUAGACCUAAGAAAUGGAAGGAUAUGGCAAUGAAGGUGUUGGAGAAAUCAGUGGCCAAUAGAAUUGAAGGAACUCAGGUGGAUGAGAGAGCGGAUAACAAAAUGUGGUUAGUAAGAUAUUUAGAACUUACGAGACUCUUGAUCCUUGAAGAUUUGAGAGUGGUAAAGACUCUAUGUGGGCCUUGUUUCCCACCUUGGUACGACAUAGUAAGGACUUUUGUUAAAAUGUAUCAUACCAGUCUAUCUCAACAUUUAAAGGAUAUAAUUACUAAUGGACUGGAAGGUAACGAAUAUGUUUCUCUGUUAGCAUGGAUUAUGAAUACUUAUACAGGAUCAGAACUGAUGCAGCAUCCUGAGUUAAAUAUUGACACGUCCGAUAUUGGUCCACUACUUAGUUCUGAGAUGAUAAACGAUCUACAGGAGAAAUAUUUGCGAAACAUGUGUCAAAAUUAUGAAGAUUGGAUGAGAAAAACGUUGGAAACGGAGAAACUCGACUGGAGAAGCGGUGUUUUACCUGACAGCAGUACUCAAGAAUUAUAUUAUCACACCGCAGCCCCAGUUAUUAUAUUUCAAAUGAUUGAUCAAAAUCUUCAAGUAGCAAAGACCAUCAGUCCUGAUUUAACAGCACAAGCACUGGUUCUCUGCAUAGAACAAGUAACUAAAUAUGGAUAUAUGUACAGACAAGCAAUACUGGAAUUUAAAACAAAACACUUCGAGGACAGGAGUCAGGUUCCUUACUUCACUCAUCAUAUGAUUACAGUUGUCAAUAAUUGUUUGCAGUUCAACGAAUUGGCGCAGCAGAUGAAGCAGCUUUACUGGGUGCCUAAUACCACAGGAGAUGCCACUGUAAAAUUCGAAAACCUUCUAGCGAAUUUUCAGCAAUUGAGGAACGAAGCCGCGACUAUAUUGUUGCAAGAAUCCUUUCUGGAUUUGGAGCUGCAUUUUCAAGAUUUGAUUACGCCCAAAUGGUUGUCGUCGCCUAUCCCGGUGGAGACCAUCUGCGUUACCUUGGAGGAUUAUUUUCAAGAUUAUAAUCACCUGAGUCCGAAGAACUUCGAGUAUGUUAUUACCGAAGCGCAGAAUCUGAUCGCGAAGCGAUAUAUAUCAGCGAUGCUGCAGAGGAAGAUCUCGUUGAAGACGUACGACGAAUGCUUGACCUGCACAUCGAAGAUAAUGACGGAGGCGGAUAAAUUGAAGAACUUCUUCGACAGAAUCGCGCCGAAAGUUGGUAAUUUCAAUUCGCCGUUCGAGAUAAUAAAACGUCUUGCUGAGGUGCUCAGGUGUGAGGAUGCGGAGAUUCUCUCGCUCGAUCUGCACUCCCUGAUCGAGAAGUAUCCUGACAUGACCGAGGAUCAUCUGAUCAGAUUGCUCGGUCUUCGAGGUGACAUAUCGCGAGCUGAAGCCCGAGGAAAGGUCUCUUAUAUCAUGGAAGCUCAACGGAAUCGAAAGCCCGUGCAAUCCAUGUCGAGUGGUAUAUUCAAACAGAUAGUAAUACAGGACAGCUUCCUUGGUUGGAAGCCUUGAGAUUGGAAAAGAAACUUUUAUGAAGUCAAAAAGUGAAACUGAUUUUGUAUAUAAUAUUAUUAGU